CUAAGGACAACAACUCCAAAUCAUUUUAGAAAUAAAAAAAAUAGCAAAAGUGAAGUUUGGGUUUUGGAUCCAGAUCUCUUGUUAAUGAUCUGUUCUUUCUUUUUUCUUCUUCUAUAAACAAUCAUGGGUUUUCUCCCUCUCUUACAGUUCCUAGAAAAACAGUAGCUCUUCUUCUUCUUCUUCCUUCUCACUUUCUCUUUCACUUUCUCUAUCUUCUCUCUGCAGCAAUGCCUGCUCCCUUACGGGAUAUCUUCUUCUUCAUCCUCCUCCUCACCUCAUUUGUCUCUCUCAACUAUGUUUACUCUUUAGAUACACAAGUUCAAGCUUUAUUAACGUGGAAGAACACUCUAAACGAUUCUUCAAACGCGCUCCAUUCAUGGAACCCAUCAGACAAUAACCCAUGCAAUUGGUUUGGAAUUCAAUGCAAUUCCAAUUCCCAAGUUACUAAAAUAACCUUGAAACUACUAGACUUACAGGGUCCAUUACCUUCAACCUUUCAGCCACUCACAUCUUUGAACACUCUCAUCCUCGCCUCCGCCAACCUCACUGGAAAAAUCCCAGUUGAACUCGGGCAAUACAGUCAGUUAACUCUACUCGAUUUAAGUGAUAAUUCCAUCUCCGGCGAAAUACCAGUCCAACUUUGCAUUCUGAGAAAUCUAGAAACUCUGUCACUCAACACAAACUUUCUUCAAGGAGGGAUCCCAUCUGAGAUUGGAGACUUAUCCAGUUUAAGGAUUCUCACACUGUUUGAUAAUCAACUGAGCGGUGAGAUUCCAAACAGCAUUGGGAAAUUGAGAAAUUUGGAGAUUUUGAGAGCAGGAGGAAAUCAGAACUUGAAAGGCCAGCUGCCAAUGGAAAUUGGAAACUGCACUAAUCUGGUCAUGUUAGGCUUGGCGGAGACUGGCAUCUCAGGAAACCUCCCUUCUUCAAUCGGCCAGCUGAAGAAGAUUGAAACCAUAGCUAUCUACACUGCGAUGCUCUCCGGUUUGAUCCCAGAAGAGAUUGCGAACUGCAGCGAGCUCAAAUAUCUCUACUUGUACCAGAAUUCUUUGUCGGGAUCAAUUCCGAGUUCAAUAGGGAGGCUCCUAAAGCUCAAGAGUCUCCUCCUAUGGCAGAAUUCGCUUGUCGGCUCCAUCCCAGAUGAGCUUGGAAAUUGUAGAGAGCUGACCCUUGUUGACUUAUCAGAGAACCUUCUUACCGGAAGCAUUCCGACCACUUUCGGAAGUCUGCAGAACCUUGAAGAGCUUCAACUAAGUGUUAAUCAGCUUUCAGGUACUAUACCUUCUGAAAUCUGCAAUUGCGUAGCCAUGACCCAUUUGGAAAUCGACAACAAUAACAUUUCUGGUGAAAUUCCGUCUGGAAUCGGGAACAUGAAGAGCUUGACUCUGUUCUUCGCAUGGCAAAACAAGCUCACAGGCCAAAUCCCAGGUUCCAUCUCUCAGUGCAAGAAUCUCGAGGCUCUUGAUCUUUCUUACAAUACUAUCUUCGGAUCAAUUCCGAAGCAGAUUUUCUCACUUCAAAAUCUAACCAAACUUCUUCUGCUUUCCAAUGAUAUAUCGGGCUUCUUGCCGCCUGAUAUAGGGAGCUGCACAAAUCUGUAUAGGGUCCGGUUGAAUGGGAACCGGUUGUCCGGUACUAUUCCAUUGGAGGUUGGAAAUUUGAAAAACUUAAACUUUCUUGAUAUGAGCAACAAUCAUUUCUUGGGUCAGAUUCCUAACUCUUUGUCGGGGUGUGGGAAUCUUGAAUUUCUAGAUCUCCAUUCUAAUUCUCUGAUGGGUUCUUUACCCGGUUCUCUGCCCCAAAGCUUGCAAUUCGUCGACAUAUCGGACAACAUGCUUUCGGGUGUUGUCAAUUCAAGUAUUGCGUUGUUAACUGAGUUAACAAAGCUGAAUCUUGGGAAGAAUCAACUAUCUGGGAGAAUCCCAUCUGAGAUCCUAUCUUGCAGCAAGUUGCAGUUAUUAGACCUUGGAAACAAUGGAUUUAGUGGGGAUAUACCAAAAGAAUUGGGUCAAAUUCCAGCUCUUGAAAUCUCUUUGAAUCUGAGCAGCAAUCAGUUUACAGGACAAAUCCCUUCGGAAUUCUCUGGCCUGACCAAACUCGGAAUCUUGGAUCUUUCACACAACAAGCUAACCGGAAACCUCAAUGUCUUGACCAGUCUUCAGAAUCUUGUCUCUCUAAACGUGUCAUUCAAUGACUUCUCCGGCGAAAUACCCAACACCCCGUUCUUCAGGAAGUUGCCCACGUUCGAUCUAGCCGGAAACCAGGCACUCUCCAGCGGGGUCAAGAUGGAUCCUUCCGGGCAUGCCAGGUCAUCAAUGAAGUUGGCGAUGACGAUUCUAGUCAGCUUCAGUGCGGUUCUUAUCCUUCUUGCCAUUUACAUGGUGGUAAAGGCCCGGGUGGCGAAAAACAUGGCAUUGCAAAAUGAAUCUUGGGAACUAACGUUGUACCAGAAGAUGGAAUUCUCAAUUGAUGAUAUUGUCAGGAAUUUGACAUCGGCCAAUGUGAUCGGAACCGGAGGCUCUGGAGUUGUGUAUAGGGUUGCAGUAUCAAACGGGGAAAGUCUGGCUGUGAAGAAGAUGUGGUCAUCAGAACAAGAUGGGGCAUUUGGAUCAGAAAUCCGAACUCUUGGGUCAAUCCGACACAGAAAUAUAGUCCGGCUGCUAGGAUGGUGUUCAAACCGUAGCCUGAAAUUGUUGUUCUAUGAUUAUCUGCCUAAUGGAAGCUUGAGCUCACUUCUUCAUGGAGCUGGAAAGGGAGUGGCUGAAUGGGAGGCUAGAUUUGAUAUCAUAUUGGGUGUAGCUCAUGCAUUAGCUUACUUACACCAUGAUUGUGUGCCGCCCAUAAUGCAUGGGGAUGUGAAGGCCAUGAACGUACUUUUGGGUUCUAGAUUUGAGCCAUAUUUAGCUGAUUUCGGACUGGCUAGAAUUGUUAAUGGCUCAAGCAACAAUGAUUCUUCUAAACACAGUCAAAAACCUCAACUUGCUGGUUCCUUUGGUUACAUGGCUCCAGAACAUGGUUCGAUGCAGAGGAUAACAGAGAAGAGUGAUGUUUAUAGCUUUGGAGUGGUAUUAUUAGAGGUCUUGACAGGAAGGCACCCCCUAGACCCGACCCUGCCCGGAGGAGCCCACCUAGUUCAAUGGGUACGUGAUUAUUUGCAAAGCAAACAGGAUCCUGUGGACAUUCUUGACCAUAAGCUAAGAGGAAGAGCCGAUCCACAAGUGCAUGAGAUGCUCCAGACACUGGCGGUUUCUUUCUUAUGCCUCAGCAAUCGAUCCCAGGAUCGUCCUAUAAUGAAGGAUGUUGUCAUGAUGCUCAAAGAGAUCAGGCCCAAUGAACAGCGCCAGGAGACUGAUUUGUUGAAGAAGGGAAACUUGUCUACUCCUUCUCCUCCUCCAACAAGGAACAUGGUUUUAAAUGAAUCUUCUAACUGCUCGUUUGCCUUUUCCGACGAGUCAUUGUCAGGUUGAGAAAGGCGCUGAUACCUUUAGCUAGUUGCUACUGAUUUUGUAUAUAUUAGUUUCAGAAAAGAAUUUAGAAUUGAAAGUUACCGCUAAUAGUAAUGUAUAUUAAGGGGAUUUUACCAUAGUGUUUUUUUACCAAGUUGUAAAGAGGGGACUUUUGAUGUUUCUACCAGUUGAGUUGUGAUAUGGUAUGCUUGAUCAAUUAUUAGAUUGGUUUGUAUUUUUAUGUGUUUGGAGUUUAUUGAAAGGGACUUUGUUUUA